CUCAAAUCGAAGCAUGCCGCAACUGCCGCGAGUCGUGGCGGCCAAAGUGCUGCACGAGACACGAUGGCUCCGCAUGAAGGAGCUCCGGUACAAAGACUUAAACGCAAUUGAGCGGUCUUAUGUCAGUGUGGAGCGCACGACGCGACCGGUGACGGCAGAUGUCGAUGCCGUGCUGGUGCUUCCGCUGGUACGCCGCGAUGCUGGCAGCAGUGCUGUGCUGAUCCGUCAGUUCCGUCCACCGCUUGACAAUUGGGCGAUUGAACUUCCCGCAGGGCUGAUCGAUGCAGGUGAAUCCGUGGAGGAGACGGUGACGCGUGAAAUCAAAGAAGAAACGGGCUACGACGUGACCAAGUUUGUGUCCGUCGGACCUCCCAUUGUGACCGAUCAAGGCAUCACGAAUGGAAGUUGCCGCUUCGUCGUCGUCGAGGUUGAGAGUUCCACGGCGACUUCAAACUCUGGCAACGAUGCGUCCCCGCCUCCACAAGCGUUGGAGGACACGGAAAUGAUUCAAGUGUUUCAUGUGCCCAUGCACUCGCUGCUGGAAACGCUCCAAGAGCGUCACACUGAGCACGGUGAUGCCAUCGACGCACGGCUAUACAGCUACGCAUUGGGUCGUCAACUGUCUUUGGCAUCUCAUGGAGUUGACUAAAAAAACUGGUGCUUGCAGUGGACAUUCGGAAUUAUCCGACGAGUUGAAUUGUACUGCGUACUCCGUAGUAUGUAACACGAACACAAGUGUCUGUCCUUGUAGUCGUUAGUUGUUGUUGUGAUA